AUUCUUUCCUUCUUCUAUGCACCAUACUCAAACUUCAUUAUAUCCUUCCUAUAUUUUAUUUUUCUCUUCUCUAUGCAACUUCAUUACAAAACCACAACCACAACCAUAAUACGUUCCUCAAACUCCAUCAUUCUUCACCUCACAAACACAACAAAAUGUAUGAAAACGACCACAUACCCGUCCACCACGUCACGGGCUCGGGCCCGAACCCACACCCACACCAACACCAGAAGCCCUUAAAGCGCCAUCAUACCACCAAAUACUACCUCCAACGUGUCCAAGACAGCCUCACAACCCGUGUCUCCAAAAUGGUCUGCACCAUCUUCUUAAGCCUCCUCGCAAUCAUCGGGCUCAUCACCUUCAUCGUCUGGCUCAGCCUACGUCCACACCGGCCCAGGUUCUUUCUCCGUGACUUCACCGUUGCGGGCCUUCAGGGCCAAUCCGGAGUCGAAACAGCCCAAUUAGUCUUCAAAGUAGACGCGCGGAACUCCAACCUAAAUAUUGGAGUUUAUUAUGAGUCUAUGGCCGGGACGGUUUAUUACCGAAAAAACGCUAUCGGGUCAACACCGAUAACGUUUCCGUCUUAUCAAGGGCCAAAAAACACUACAAAAGUUAUUGCAGUUUUUUCCGGUCCAACCUUAACUGUUAGCAGUCAAGGUUGGAGGGAAAUCCAGAACGAUAGGGCUGAUGGUAGUGUGAUGUUUGGUUUGGAAUUGACGUCUGUGAUUAAAUUUAAGAUAUCUUCGUGGGAAAGCCAGCCCCACAAGAUGCAUGCUAACUGUGAUGUGGGAGUCGCAGCCAAUGGUUCUCUCUUGCCUAUAUACAAAGACAAGAGAUGCAUCGUUUCCUUUGCUUAAGGAUUUUCAAUGGGAAUAUAAUUUCACUAAUUUGUUUUCUAUUUGAUUACCUUUUUUUUCUUUGUCUACCAUUUUUUUUCCAACUAUUUUAUUUAUUUUCAAAUAAUUCAUUGUUGUUCGGGUUUGUAAUUAUGUUGUUUGUCCCUUUUAUAUAUUGGAGUUUACUAGUUUAUAAGAAUUUUAUUGCAUGGCACCAAUGUAA